AUGGGAUAUGAGAAACCUGAAUAGCUUGUAAUGACUGAUAUAUUGAACUUAGGAUUCCUUUAUUUAAGCAAGCAAAAGAAAGUUAGAGAUAUAUGCACAUUUUUCAUUGCCAAAUUCUAUUUAAGCAUUAUUCCUAUAGUGUAUUUAUAGAUGUGGUUUUAUUUUGGGUAUUAGCUCAUUGAGAAAGACUAUAAGUAGUAUGGCUGGUGGAGACCAGCAGUAAUGGAUUUCACUAUUAUAAGUAAUAUCACUGUAUUGGCAUACUCCUUUUGUCUGUAUCAAUUAAGUGUAGAUAAUUCUUCUGAGGAACUUAACUAUGCAUUAAAUAAAUUUAGGUUUCUUUCCUUGCUUAUGAGUCCUUUUGGCUAUUAGCUUUGUUUAUAUAAUUUAUAUACAAUUCAGGUUUAAAUGAGUGACAGAUUUUUUGGAGUUUGUGUAGUACUUUAUGGCAUUGCUUACUAAGUUUCUAUUGAAUUAUUAAAAAAGUUUUUAAAUUUUUCUUUGAACUGGAAUGAAUAUGGGACCUUAAAUUUCAUAAGAAGCACAGGUGUGUUAAAGGCUUUUUAAAUAGAAAAAGAUCUAGAUAUCCCAAAUUAUAUAAAGAAUGCAUUAAACUUUUCAGGAAUUAUUGAUAUUACUGUUCAUGUCUGCAUUAUUUUAUUUGUUGCAGAAGUAAGCUUCAUCUCAGAUAAGUCUAGUGAUGUCUAUUAAUCUUUCAAAGAAACCUUUUUGCUUUACUAGAACGCUGCAAUACUAAUUAUAGUAGCUACUUAUAUAGUUAUGAAAUUUAUAUUUGCUUUCUAUAUAUCAAGAAGUAUUUGGAUAGUUCAUUAAGGAGAUAUGACCAUUGAUAGCAUCAUCAUUCAUAUACUUAAUAACUCUAACGUACAAUUCGUAAUCAUCUUUUAAGUAGCCAAAGACAAGUUUGAGUCUUAAGAGCUUGAGUAAUUUAGAUUGUCUUAAGAUUUAAUGCAGCUCAUGGAUGAAGAUGAACUUGAGAAUGAAAAAGCCCUCAAAGAAAGGAUGCUCGUGAAAUAUGAUUCAUAAUUUUUAAAUGCCAUGAAUUCCAUUCGCUUUUUAUCAAGAUUGGUGAGAGUUUAAGUAGAUAAAGGUUUCUUCCAUGUUCAUGAAAUUAUCUCAGUCAGUAAAAGUCAAUUCUUUUUGAAUAUUUAAAAGCUUAGAAUAUCUGAAUAGAUGAUGGUUCAAUUUUUAAGCGAAACACAAAUUUUCCCUAGUGGCAUCAAAAUUUAAAUAUCUCCAUUGAGCAGAAGCUAGAUUCUUUUUGAAAGAUUUUUCAGAUAUGGGUUGAUUAAUUAAUCUACUCUUACAAAAUUAGAUUGCUCAAAACAAAUUUAAAAAUAAAUGAAAUCAAUUAAUUCAUAUUUUUAUUCUAUUUUGGUGUUUGAAAAACAAAUUGUAGCAGAUAACAUACAAUCAUUUUACUUAGAUAAAACUAAAAUUUUGAUAGACUUAUUCGAAAAUACUCACAGGAAUACUUUAUACAGUAACAAACACUCAAUAUACACUCCAAAACAACAUAUAAUAAAGCUUCUCUGA